GCUGAUGAACAAAAUGGCGGACAAUGAAUUAGAUUGGGAUCAUGCUGCUGAUUUUGGUGAAAGAGAUCCGCUAUUGGAGAGAAACAAAGCUGGGAGAGAUAUGUCCUAUAGAUCUGGUGGUGUUAAUUUAUCCUAUGAAGAAGCUGUGGAGUUGUUGACUGUUUUAGACACAAGUAGAUUCAAAUUACAACAAUAUAUUUCUAAUGCUGAUGAAACAAGUGUAGUUGAAACAGUGGUCAUACCUGUACCAGGACGUUGGUUGAGAAUCAGAAAAAAUGUUUUACCUAGGAUCGCCAGAAAUAUCGUUUUUAUAACCAUCAUUCUUCAGGCUGUAAAUUUAUUAAUUUUGUCUUUGAUUGAUAUCUGGCCAAGAAAAGAUUCAGAAGAUGUCAUAGUUACAAGUGCUGUGACUAUGAUUGUUGUCCAGUUAUUAAACUUGAUUGCCUUGGUUUAUACAAGUGUUGAAUUGGCAGGGCAGUUGUUUAAACGAACAGUUAGUAAUAUACUACUAGCACAGUGUUACCUAGCAACCAUUCUGUUAUUUACUGGUAUAUAUAUAUUGACAUACAGACUCAAGCCUGUAUCAUGGAAGUUUAUACAGCAAGAUUUAAACAGCAGUCCGGACUUGGUUAUCGUACUGUACAUCAAACUUUUCUUUUUCUCCGUUUCCACGGCAACACUUUCUGGAACGGCCAAUGUCUUACCAGCUGAGUGGUAUAAUUAUAUUUUUACUUCAUUUCAAAUGUUGUUGAGUUUUGUUUACUUCACAUCAAUCUUAGGCCAGUCGAUCUCACGAUCAUCGACACCUACACGGACUCCACCACAAAAAGACAAAAAGCCACUGAAUUAUGGUUCUACUACUACUAAUCAUGUCUAUAAUAACCAUCAUGAAGAAACCAGUAUAGCUGAUUCAUCUAUAGAGAACAGUGUAAAUAUAAUAGACGAUGACAUUACGCAAAAUCACAGCACAACCAGGGUUACUUUGAACUAAAUCGAUCAACACUUCAAAAGCAGAAUAGUUUUUAUCUUCAGCAAUGCCCCUUGGCUGGCAAAUACCGAAACUACAGUAUUUAAAGAGGGUGCUCCAGGGAUAUGUUAUUUUGUUCAUAUAUUUCAUAUAUGUGUUAACCUGAAUAAAUCGUGGGGAAUUCCUUUUGGAUCACUAGGUUUAGGUGUUCAGACUUUUAGUUGAGUGGUUUUUAUGUUUUUAAGAGUUCAUUUGGUCAGCUAUCUAUUUGGAGUUGAGUAGUUCAUCUGUCUUAAGUGUUGAGUUCCUCAUGUGUCUUUUGAGCUGGAGUCUCUCAUUUUGAGCAAUUCAUGUGACUUUAGAGUUUUAUUUCUAGAGUUUGUCUUUCAUUGUAGAGUAUUUAUCUUACAUCGUGUUCAUCUGUCUUUAGAGUUGAGUAAUUCAUCUGUCUUUAGAGUUGAGUAGUUCAUCUGUCUAUAGAGUUAAGUAGUUCAUCUGUCUUAUAGUUGAGUAGUUCAUCUGUCUUUAAGAGUUGAGUAGGUCAUCUGUCUUAUAGUUGAGUAGGUCAUCUGUCUUAUAGUUGAGUAGUUCAUCUGGCUUUAUAGUUAAGAAGUUCAUCUUUAGAUUUGAGUGGGUCAUCUGUCUUUAGGAUUGAGUAGGUCACCUUUACACAGUUGAGUAGGUCAUCUGCCUUAGGAAUUGGAUUUCUUCUAUCUGUAUGUUGGUUAUUUCAUCUAUGUAGAUCUAGCUUGAUUAUUGUUUUAAAAGUGGUAUUCUUUAGUAUCAAAGUUUAUUAGUAUUAUUAUAGUAUUAUUAUUAUUAUUAUUUAAUUAAUAAUUAUUUGUUUUGGCAAGUUUCAUAAUUGUUAAAUGCUCAAAUAUAAAUAGUGUCUGUGUUCAGUGAUGAUGAUAUUGUAUACUAAUAUUUUAUUUCAACUUCACCUGAUGUGACCUUCAUGUAUAUAUAUUUUGAGCUCUUUUCCAAAAUUAUGCAGGGGCGGAUUCAGAGGGAGGGUUAUGCUCAGCAAAUUAAAAUCUUUUUUGUAAAACAAUGCUUUUAUUAGAAAAGUGUCACUAUCGCGUGCUUUAUCCUUUAUCAUCAGAUGUGAUGGGCAUUCAAAGCGUGAGAUAAUGAUAUAGACAUAAUAAAAAUGGAAGACAAGUGGGCUGUUGGAUUUCUCUCUUUAAAAAGUUUGGUGUAUAUGUAUGCUUACAUAAUUUGGAAACGACAAUGGCAUCGUGCUUUGUCAAUUAUAAAAUUUCUUUAACAGGACCCUGGCAAAACCCCUCCUACAAAAAUCCCUGGAUCCUCCCCUGAUAAUAUAUUAAUUUUUGAUCUCUUUAUAAAAAAAAAAAAAAAAAAAAAAACAGUAAUUCGUAGAUCUGUAUAUAAAUGUUUUUAUAAAAAUAAUUCAUUUUAUUUUUCUAAAAGAUACUGUUUUAUUAUUUGAGGUUUCAAGGAAUUAAUAAAAAGAUCACAAUAAAGUGUGAAUGUAAAUGGCUCUUAAUACAAAUUUGAAAAGAAAUUAUGGUUUAUAAACACAUGCUUUUUGCCAAUGUAAAUCCUGAAUCCAUACUUUUAUUAAGUCUUAUGUUGUAGACAAGGAGUAAUUUCACAGCAAUUUUCACAAAGCUCUUCUCCAUUUAUUAUUAUUUGAAUAUUUACUUGUCUUAUAUAUUUUCAUUGUAAUUAGAUUUUACUAUUGUAUUUAUUAUCUUAAAUACCUCAUUAAAAAAUGUCAUGAAAUGUAACAUGUGCAUUUAUACUCACUGACAUCAGUGUGUCGAUCUAAAUGGCAAUUACAAUUUGACAAUGAAUGAUGGUUUAUAAUCCAAUGCUCUGUGCCAUGCAAGUCAGAAGAGACUUAAAUAAAUUCUGAAUUCAAAUAUUUAUCAAGUCUUUUUUGUAUACAAGCAGUUACCAAACACUAGAAUUUGCAUCAAAGGUCUUCUCCGUUUAUUAUAUGAAUAUUUAAUUGUCUUAGUUUGCAUAUGAAUUAGCUUUUAUUAUGGAGCCAUGCUGGCUUAGAAACGUCUUUCCUUUGAUUCCAGUGUUGGCCCAGAAAGUUACUCGGGAUUUUUCAGUGUGAUUUACCCUUGUUAGAGGAACAGCAUCUAGUCAAUCGAUGGGGACAAAAACAUGAGGUCCCAUGCACAUAAAAGACUCCUUAGCACUUAGAAUUCGACAAAGAGGAAGCAGAAACACUGAUGUCCUGGCAAAAUGUUCCUCAUAUCACACUGCAUGCUGUAUACCCGUCUUCAUUAGCGUUACGCCAGAUUUUAUUGUGUUUCCUUAUUUUUUUAUCUUAAAUAGAUACAAUGAACAAAAAAUCACUAAGCUAUAUAAGUGAUGUCCUUUACUACUACUAUUAUUUAAAAUUAUAUAUUAAUGAAAUAAAACCACACAUAUUGUCUUCAUAACUUUGUAUAAAUUGUAUAUUUUUAAGUAAAGUAUAUUUUAUAUAAUUUUAAAUCAAUACAUGUACAUGUAACAAUUUAUCUCUUAAUACCAAUCCUUGUAUAUGGAAUAGAAAAUACAUUUAUGGUAUAUUUACUUUCUUGCUUUGCUAAUUUAUAUAUCUGUCAUGGAAUAAAUAAAUUAUACCACAUUGUUUAGAAUAUUGCAGCUUAUAUUUUUAUAUACAAAGUUUCAUGUACUGUGUAUUUUUAAAUUAUAUCUUGAAUACCUUCUAUACCAUGUAUUUUUUUUAAAUUAGUUUAUAUUAGAGGGAUAACAAUACAAUACUGAUCAUAAAUAGAAACAAUAUGGUUAUAAUAUUCGUCCUGAAACACAUUAAGUUUGGACUGGGGGAUUUAGACUACAGGAUAUUUUUUUCUUCUUUUUUUUUUGAUCUAUUGUUUAUUCAUGUGACAGUUGGUAAUAAUGACAGGUGCAUUUCAUCUUUUUCGCAAUUGACUGUAUUGCAGUAGAGAAGUGAACAGAUCAAAUUCAAUCGUUUAUCGCCAAUUUCCCUUCAAAAAAAGUCUCUUUUCGAAUUUAUUUAAUUGUCUAUAGUCUUGGUAUCCUGAGAGACAUUAAUAUUCUGGGGCAAGUUGCACUGCAAUUUUAUAUAAAUAAAAUUUACACGGAACAGUGCUUAUUUUUGUUUACUGCUGGCAGUUAUUGAUAUUAAUUUUUGUGUAUUGUUGAUCUGGGUCAUGUUAUACACUUGUCUGGAAAACAAUAUCAUGUCGAACAUUUGUGCAAUUUAAUUGCUACACAAAAGUUGUUUGUUGGCGGCACAAAACUGAUAUUGUUCCUGGCUGUUUUGAAAAUUAAAAUGGACAUUUUUAAAAUGUAAAGAUAAUUUUUAAAAUUUAAAAAAUUUAUAGUAUUAUUUGAAUAUUUUUAUUGAUUAAUAUUGUUAUUGUUGAUUAUUUUAAAUAAAACUGAUUCCUGGUGCUCUGCUGUAGAGAAUUGUUAAAUAAAAUUAUAUCUUUAA